AUGACUAUUUUGGAGAAUCAAAAAGUUUCAGUUAACAGAGAGGAUGUUUUUAAAUUCAUGGAAGGGUUAUGUAUUAAAACAAUAAAUGAAUUUGAUACACAAAAUCAAUCUUCAUAUGCAACAAGAUUAGUUGAUGUUUGCCGUGAGUUGUCUGAAUCAUCUCCAUUGAUUUUGUCAUCACUUCUUAAAAUUGUUGAAAUAGCUCCAAAAUUUGAUUACGAUAAAUUAACUCCAGGAAAUGGUUUUAGAUCAAUAGUUUGUAUCUAUGACACUGCAAUUUUGCAUGUUAUUUCAGUUUUAAGAACUUGUCUGGAACAUUCUAAGAAUCUUAUUUUUAGAAUAUCAUAUUUUACAAAAGAACUUGAAAAUUAUAUGGCUGUUUUUCGUUUUUUGAUUCUCUCAACACAACAAUUAAUAGGUUCCAUUGAUUAUAAUGAGGGUAAUAGUCUUUUUCCACCAAUUGAUAUUGGUGAUUACACUUCAUAUAUUAGUGUUUUUAAAACUGUUAAGGGAUUUGAUGCUUCUUGUUUUUAUAGUAGACCAUUAGGAUUACAAUUUUGUCCCUCUAUUGCAAAAAUGUUUAAAGUAAUAUGUACAUUUUUUGCUUCAUAUAGUAUAGCUUGUGAAAAAAAGAAUGGUCCUUUGGAUAUGAUAGUUAACUCAGCAAAAUAUAUGAUUUCACCAGAGGAAAGAGCAUUGAAAAUAGUUGAUAUUAUCAAAGAAGCUGAUAUUGAAUUUUGUAAAGGAUUUUGGAAUUUACCUGAAUAUGCUACUAUUCCAAAAUGGCUUGGUAUUGUUAUGGCUGUAUGUGAGAUGCGUUCAAUUGAAACACUAUAUAAUUUAACAUUAGAAACUAUAGAAGGUGAGAAGGUUGUUAUACCAAUACCUUCAACAACAAAAGAAUCUCAUGCUAUUAAAUAUCGUAUGAUUUCUUCAUUACAUCGUUUAAAUAUUAGUAAGAAGAGUGGAAACAAAACUAAUCCAUUGUCACCGUAUUUAAUAUUACAUUGUCAUGGUGGUGGUUACCUUGCAACAUCAUCUAAAUCUCAUGAAUGUUAUCUUCGUUCAUGGGCUAAACAAUCAAAUUGUCCAAUUAUUUCAAUAGACUAUUCACUUGCUCCAGAAAGUCCUUAUCCUAAUGCAAUAGAAGAAGUUUUGUAUGCCUAUGCUUAUGUAAUAAAUUAUCCCCAUAAAUUUGGAUGGACAGGUGAAAAAAUAGUUUUUGUUGGUGAUUCAGCCGGUGGAAAUUUAAUUACUUCUGUUACAAUGAGAUUAAUAAGUUUGAAUGUAAAAAGAAUGCCAGAUGCAUUAGUGCCUAUUUAUACACCAUUUCUUUUCCAAUAUUUACCAUCACCAUCAAGAUUAUUAAGUUUUAUGGAUCCCCUUCUUCAUGUAGGAAUGUUAUUGAGAUGCCUAACUGCUUAUACUAUGGGAGAUAUCCCUAUUAAUAAAGUACCUCUACUAUCAAAAAUUGAUGAUUUUAUUGAAACUGAAAGAAAUAAUGUAGAAAGUUAUAUGGAAGAAUUUAGAAAUAGUCAGUUAAUGGAUUAUUUAAAUCCUAUAAAUCACUCAAGUACACUUAGAAAUUUUUUUGACACUACACUUAAUUCCUCUUUUUCUAUGGAUGCAACAUUUUCUUCAAACACUAUGAAUAAUCCAGAAAAUGAUAUAGAGGAAGAUGUAUUUAAUCAAACGCAAAAUGUUGAAGUUGGUAGUAAUCCUGAUUACAUUGUUUUAUCUUCUGGAAAUUUCGAUAGUUCGUUGAUUCAACAUUUCAAGGAAAAUUUUAUACUUUUGAAUGAUCAUGAUGCAAUAUUAAAUGAGAAUAAUGAUGUUUUUGAAGAAGUUGAUGAGGUGAAAAAUAAACAAUUUGAAUUAAAAACACCAAUAAGAGAAAAAAGAAGAUCAUUAAGUGCGAGUAUUGUUAGAACUGCGUCAUUGGCAGCUUUUUAUGCUAUUGAUAAUUUCAAUGAUUGGUUCGAGAGUGCAAAGAAACCUAUAGGACAUGAAGACAAAGAAAAAUUAAGAAGUUCUUUCUCUAUGACAUCUCAAGAAGCUGCACUUGACAAACAAAAUAAAGCUACCCAGGAAAGAACGGCAAUAGAUGAAUUGUUAAAAAUUCAGAUUCCAAGAAAUCCCGAAAUUUCACCAAUGUAUGCUGAUGAGAAAUAUCUAGUGAAAUUCCCACCAACUUACUUUAUAGGAUGCCAUUUAGACCCACUUCUCGAUGAUACAAUAUCUUUUGCUAAAAAGUUAAAAGAAAUUGGUGGAAAAGUCAAGAGAGUCAAAUUGCUGAAUAAUUUAUGUCAUGGAUUUCUUAACUUUACAUAUGUUUCACCAGAAUGUAGGAAAGGUUCAGAUGAAUGUUUGGAAAUUAUAAAAGAAGCUUUAGAUAUAACUGAAGAAUUUACUAAUACAUAG